AUGGGCACUUAUAUGGAUCAUUAUUUCGACACCCAGUUCGAAGAGGUCAUCUUUCGGGGUGACCCAAGUCACGCUGCGCGGAAGGAGCUCGGGAUUCCUAUGCUAGGGAGCCCACCAGGCAAUCUCCACCAAUUCCAACCAUCCGUCGGCUCUGGAGAGACCUCCGAUGAGAGCCGCGAGGGCAGGUAUUAUAAGGAAGCAAGGAAAAGUACGAAUUUCACGAAUCUUUGA